AUGUUUUGCUCAUUUAUCCUUGACCUGAUUUGGGCAACGUACACAACAGUGGCGAAGCCUGUUAAGUCCGAUACGGACAUGGACUCGCUUCGCACGCUGACGCGGCAGCUCCGGGUUGCAAAACUGGUUUCUGAUCGCGAUUUGAAGCAUACGGAUCGUAAGCUUGCAACUCAAGCCAUUAUGCGCAAGUGGCUGCCGCUGUCUACGGCGGUGUUAAAGAUGGUGACUCGCAUUCUGCCGAGUCCUGUCACUGCUCAGGUAAAGCGUGCGCAAAAGCUGUGUAUUGUCUCCUCGGAACGUCUUGAAAAAUCAAGCCAGCACGCACAGGUAUUCCAUUCUCUGAAAUCGUGCCAGACUUCAAAGAACGCACCGGUGGUAGUGUACAUCUGCAAGGUGAUAUCUGUUGCGGCAAAUGUACUGUCGGACUACCGCCAGAUUGGGUUAGCUUCCAAUGUUGAAGUCUAUGUUGGUGUGGGCCGCGUCUACUCUGGCAUACUACAAGAAGGUCAGCCUUUGUAUGUGAUGGACCCUAAGUUCCAGGGCAUAUCUGAGGAUGUCGAUAUCGACACAGUCGACCCAAGAACCGUGAAACACGUAACGCAGAUUGGUGGCGGUGUGAUCAAACCUUACAUUAUGAUGGGUCGAGAACUGCAUAAGCUGAACCGCGUGCCUGCGGGAAACAUUGUCGGGAUUGUCGGCCUGCAGGAACAUGUACUUAAGACGGCUACGCUGUCUUCGACAUUGGCUUGCCCUUCGUUAACCAAAAUGCCGUACCAAGCAAAGCCGAUUGUGCGCGUGGCAGUUGAGCCAGAGGACCCACGUAAUUUUGGCGCUUUGGAGGCUGGUUUGCAGCGGCUGUAUCGAUCCGAUCCUACUGUUGAAGUUCACGUCCAGGAGACUGGAGAACAUGUUGUCGUCGCGCUUGGAGAACUUCAUCUUGAACGAUGCAUCAAGGACUUGAGAGAGCGUUUUGCCAAGGUCGCAAUUCAAGUUUCCGAGCCAUUGGUCGGAUUCCGAGAAAGCAUUGUUGACGGGACUGUUUCUGCGUUCCAGGAGAAGAUUGUGUUCAAGGGCCUUCUGAAUCCCGAGACAGAUAGUAGCGCAUUGUCGAAUAGAGAAGAAGCCGCUAUCGCUAGCGAUGCUCAUGACUCCAAAGCUGCACUGGGAACAACCCCAGACGGUACUUUGACACUUCGGAUGCGUGCGCUUCCGUUGCCCGUUGAGACAGCAAAGCUUUUGGAAGAAAGCGCACUACUCAUCAAACGCAUUGAGCUUUCUAAGAAAGCAGCGCAUGAAUCAGGUGACAAAGAUGCGAGUGCGGAUGAUAAUCCGAUGGUGGAGGAUAUUGUGGCUUUCAAGCAAAAACUUGCAAUGUCGCUCUUAGCAAGUGAAAGUACACUUCUAGAAUCGCUUCCCUUGGAUAAGAUAUGGAGUUAUGGCCCGCGACGAGUAGGUCCUAAUGUGUUGGUGAACAACAUUACGGGCUACUAUUCACUACGUGCAAACAUCAUCAAUAAACUCCGCAGAAUGUGUUCAGAACGCGGAGACGUUAAAAAAGAUCAAGAUGUUGGAAAAUAG